AUGGAGAUAACAUUUUCUUAUUUGGGAUUAGUCCGCAACCACGAACCGGACUGCAUUUUCGGCAUCAGUUCGAACCUGACAGUCGUAGCAGAGAGACUGCUGAAUGUAAAGUUUUUGAUCCCUAAAAACAUGGAACGUAAUGCUGAAUUAAGUUCAAGUGAAGAUGAGUUCGAUUUCACGAUGCUCAAGGAGGAAAUUACGGGUCUACACAGAGAGCUUCAAGGUACAGAGAAUAACAGCAGUAGUGAAGAUAGUGACGAAGUGAGAGGUGUCAUAAGGCGAAAGAUCCGAGUAAUAGACAGUGAAUGUGACAGUGAUACUUAUACUACAGAAGACUCACAGUCGGACAGUUCCGAAUGGAUUACUUGCACUGAAUCUGAAGAAACACCGGCAAGAAUACCAUUCAUAGCCGGCGACACUACUGCAGGACCGCACGCACCAUCAGAUAAGGAAGAACCAUUGGAUUUUUUAAAACUCUUUGUUACUAAUGAACUGGUGAAUGAAAUUGUUAUCGAAACCAAUAAUUAUGCCGCAAAAAAAUUAGAUGGAAAAACAUUAUCUCCUUACUCGAUAUGGCGAAAUUGGCGGAAUGUAACCAUCGAAGAAAUGUGGGCGUUUAUUGGUGUUAUAAUAAAUAUGGGGACAAUGCCGUUGGCAAAUUUGCAAGAAUAUUGGUCACGGAGUGAUGUCAGCUACAUUCCUUUUUAUUCGAACAAGUUUACAAGAGACAGAUUCAAUCAGAUUUUUUGGAUGCUUCAUCUAAAGACAAUCCAAAGACAAGAUGCAGGACCACGAACACGCUUACAGCUAGUUAGCUGUUUCCUGGAUUACAUAAAUUCAAAAUUUCUAAACUAUUUUACACCGGGAAGAGAAAUUUGUGUGGAUGAAUCUACGAUCAAGUUCAAAGGUCGGGUCUCCUUCAUUACUUACAAUCCGAAGAAACCGACCAAAUGGGGGAUUCGAGUUUAUACGAUGGCAGACUCAACUACCGGUUACAUCUGUGGCAUUCUUCCUUAUUAUGGAAGUUUGACAACAGACAGCUUGAUAAGGCACGACCUUCCGGUGUCAACGAGAAUACCAUUGCAUCUGUACUCAAUGCUGCUGGAAAAACUACCUGGUGCUCAAGGACAUCAUAUGUUCACCGAUCGUUAUUACACGAGCUAUAUCUUGGCCGAAGAAUUAUUGAAAUUAAAAUGCCACCUUACAGGAACUAUCUUAACAAACAGGAAGCAUCUACCAGAACAAAUAAAAAGAAUAAAAUUCGGAAAAAAAUCAAUAGUAGCAUACCGGAAAAAAAAUACAUUAAUUUUAGCGUGGAAGGACAAAAGGGUUGUCACAUGCUUGACCAACUGGAACAAUGCAGGUAUGACGCGUGUAAAACGAAUUUUACGAGGUGGAGUAGAAGUGACCGUCAAGAAACCUAACGUAAUAAUAGAUUACACCAAACAUAUGGGCGGUGUCGAUCGUGCCGAUCAGUAUGCUUCAACGUACUGUUUCCUAAGAAAAUCACUCAAAUGGUGGCGUAAACUGUUUUUUUGGGGUUUGGAGAUUUGUUUAAUAAAUUCAUAUAUUUUAUAUAAAACCACUAAAGAACAGAGAAGCGAACGGCCGCUUAAUCACUUACAAUAUUUGAAGACAUUAGUCAAGCAAUUGACUGGAGAUUUCCACCAGCCGCGCGACCGAGCCUCGACUUCAACAGCCGAAUCCGACAACAUCCGCCUAAAUGGAAAGCUGCAUAGCAUUCUAACAGGAGUUAGAAAAGAUUGCAAAGUCUGCUCUCGAAGAAGCAAGCCCGGCAAACGACACCAAACAACCUAUUAUUGUGACACUUGUCCCGACAAGCCGGGCAUGCAUCUAGGCAGUUGUUAUCUCAAAUAUCAUACAAUGCAAAAUUACAAAGAGUAA